AUGAGCUCAUUGCGCCCCGAGACGCUAAAAGUGGUGGCGCAAAGUCUCGGCCUGGACGACAUCAAUGACGAAUGCAUUUAUGAGAUGCUACCAGAAGUGGAGCUACGGGUGCGAGAGAUAUUGCAGGAUGCCCUCAAGUUUCAGCGGCAUUCACGACGGCCUCAAUUGGAUCCCACGCAUGUUAAUCAGGCCCUCCAAGCUCGGAAUUUAGAGAGUUUGUAUGGGUUUUCAGCCCCUGGUAACGUUAAAUACAAGUUAUGUGAAGACAGCGACUCACUGUUUUUCGUGGAGGAGGAAGAACUGGAACUUUCUGAACUACUGAACGCUCCAUUGGGUCAAAUUCCUCUUCAACCGGUGCUUAAUGUGCACUGGCUGGCUGUAGAUGGCGUGCAGCCACUCAUUCCUGAAAAUGAGUCUGUAGAGGACGAUUCAACGUGUCAUACAUCUAUCAAGGACGACGCUUUUGUUAACAAUGUAGAGAGAAAGCCUCGAGUGAAGCACGUGUUGACUGAGGAAAUGCAGCUCUAUUACACCAAGGUGACAGAAGCUGUCAAGAGUCAUGACUUUGAGCUCCAACGCGCAGCCUUUACAAGCCUUGCUCAAGAUCCUGGAAUCCAUCAGCUGCUGCCAUACUUUUCACGCUUCAUUUACGAGGAGGUGAAGCACAGCAACCACGAUCUUUCGCUGCUAUUUUCGCUCAUGCGAGCUUGUCGAUGUCUACUUGUAAACCAAACGCUGCAUGUGGAACUCUAUCUGCACCAAUUGAUUCCUGCUAUUCUGACUUGUGUGCUGGGCACACAACUCUGUGAGAAUCCUGCGGAUGACCACUGGGCUUUGCGUAAGUACGCAGCUAAACUGGUGGCCCAUAUCUGCGAGCGCUAUGGCGAGAAAUAUGCCAAUAUCCAGGCACGUGUUUCUAAAACGUAUCACAAGGCAAUUACCGACCCGGUGUGCCCGUUUUCGACUCAAUAUGGUGCUCUUCAUGGAAUGCUGUUUUUGGGCCCGCUGGUGAUGGAGAGUUUGCUUUUUCCAAACUUGGAGGGGUAUUAUCGACGAUUAGAGCCAGCUGUAUCAUCAUGUAAUCCUAAUCUUGUUGAACGACUUGAGGCUCAGAACUGUCUUGGCAUUCUCGUGCAUGCUUCUGGGACCUAUUUUUCUAUGUCCGACUCGAUGAAUCGCGGUCCGUCGCCGUCGAUGACGUCGUCUGCACUAAGCGAUAUCGUGGCACUUUUGUACGACGCGUUCGGUGAGAGUCUCUUGCCCUACAUUCAACCAGGUCACCCAGAAAAAUUGUUUCAAUCGUGCGGUAGCUAUUGUGAAGGCUUGCUACUGGAAAAUACCUUAUGUGAGCGCGCUACAUCUGCGUACAAUGUAGCACAUUAA